CCAGGUGGGAGAGUUAGAGAGAAGCAUCAGACCCGAAAAGAAAAAAAAGAAGAGUUCAGGGGAAAGAUCACAGUUCAGAAAGAGAGAGAGAGAAUGGCUCAGGAGGGGAAUGGGACUGCAAGUAGAUGCAGCAGCCGCAACAGCGACAACGAAAACAGGUGGUCGCUUCAGGGAAUGAACGCUCUUGUCACCGGUGGAACCAAAGGAAUCGGGCGUGCCAUUGUCGAGGAACUAGCGGGGCUUGGGGCUACUGUGUAUACCUGUUCCAGAAAUGAAGCUGAACUUAAUGAAUGCUUGAAAGAUUGGAAGAGCAAGGGUUUCCAUGUGGCGGGUUCGACUUGCGACGUUUCCUCAAGAUUGGAGCGAGAGAAGCUGAUGCUCACCGUGUCCUCCCUCUUCGACAGUAAGCUCAACAUCCUAAUAAACAACGCUGGAACUCUUGGGACCAACAGUGGAAAGCCGACGGUGGAUUACACAGCGGAAGAUUUUUCCUUCAUCAUGACGACUAACUUUGAAUCGGCUUACCAUCUAAGCCAGCUCGCGCAUCCUUUUCUCAAGGCCUCGGGAACUGGAAGCAUCGUGUUCUUGUCAUCCGUCUGUGGUGUCGUUUCAUUGAGCGUCGGAUCAAUUUACGCAGCCACCAAAGGAGCAAUGAACCAGUUGACCAAGAAUUUGGCAUGCGAAUGGGCUAAGGACAACAUAAGAAGCAACUCUGUUGCACCUUAUUUCAUAUACUCUCCACUGACCGGGCCUCUGCUUGGUAACGAGGAGUUCCACGAGGAGGCGGUAGCAAGGACACCACUUGGUCGCAUCGGAGAGCCGAAGGAGGUGUCGUCGUUAGUGGCCUUCUUGUGCUUGCCGGCGGCCUCUUACAUAACGGGGCAGACCAUUUGUGUCGAUGGAGGGUUCACUGUGAAUGGCUUCUCCUUUCCUAGAGCAUGAGUCCAACUUUCUUCUGCAUCUGAGAUGUUACGUUCAUCAUGCAUUACCGUCGCAGAGACUAAGAAGUUUAUUAACCAAUAAUGGCAACAUUCGCGGUACACUAAAAUAUGUACGUCGAUAAUUUGUUGACCGCAUUUAAGGGAGAGCAUCGUACUCCCACUUUCUAUUA